AAAAGCAUGCAACUCAGUACGAUUUCAGUUUUCCUGCUUAUCUUGGUACAGGGAAGGUCGAUCUCUUGCCUGGAUAUGGGUCAUGGGAUCGGCGGCCGAAUCGCUGGCGGGGAGUUGGCCCGCGCCAAUCAGUUUCCCCAUCAAGUGGGUCUGAGCAUCGAGGAGCCCAACGACAUGUUUUGCUGGUGUGGCGCUAGUUUGAUCUCCGACCGAUAUCUGCUAACGGCUGCACAUUGCGUUGAAAAGGCAGUGGCUAUCACUUACUACCUGGGGGGAGUGCUGCGACUUGCCCCUCGACAGCUUAUUCGAUCGAGUAAUCCCGAAGUGCAUCUGCACCCUGACUGGAAUUGCCAAAGCUUGGAAAACGACAUUGCCCUUGUACGAUUGCCAGAGGAUGCCCUGCUCUGUGAUUCCAUACGACCCAUCCGGUUGCCAGGAAUCUCAUCGAGCCGGAACAGCUACGAUUAUGUUCCGGCAAUCGCUUCCGGUUGGGGCCGCAUGAAUGACGAAUCCACUGCAAUAUCGGAUACCCUGCGCUAUGUUUACCGCUUUGUGGAAUCCAAUGAGGACUGUGAGUACUCCUACGCUAGCAUAAAACCUACCAACAUCUGCAUGGACACCACUGGAGGGAAAUCCACCUGUACCGGAGACUCUGGAGGACCUUUGGUCUACAGCGAUCCUGUGCAAAACACGGACAUUCUGAUCGGUGUCACUUCCUAUGGCAAAAAGUCGGGCUGCACCAAGGGAUAUCCAUCGGUUUUCACACGCGUCACCGCUUAUUUGGACUGGAUAGGCGAGGUGAGCGGAGUUCUCUAUCCGUAGGAGUGGAGGGGCCCUCGAUGGCUGGUCAAAUAGUGCUGGGCACUGCAAUUAAAUUAAAUGUUGAGCAUUUUAAUUGCAACUAUUGGUUUCCUUACGAAG